CUGAGCGAUGUUUUGAAGGGGAAAUGGGUUCCGAUUUCUUGAUGGGUACGGAAGGGGGAAGUAAAUAAUUGAAAUGUAUCUGAUAUCUGGCAGUAUACAUUAGGGGACCAUCAACCAACGUUUAUAUUGUAUCCUUGUUCCUGAAAAUUUUCGACUGGAUAACCUCCUGGAUUCGUAAGACUUGAAGUUUGAAUCCUGUCCACUCCUGUCUUUGUUAACGUGCGGUAGUCGCACAGGGGACGUCCGUAUUAAAGUAGAGAAUAAAUGACAGUCCCAUUGACAUGAAUCGCUUAAUAUUUUAAUGACUUGCUGUUUACUAGUCUUUAUUAUUCUGAUAAAUUUUUGGUUGCCAAGCGAUGGAAAGCAGAGGGUCACAGUCUGGUUUGUGCGAACAAAGGAUAUGUUAACUUGACCAAAACAGAUCAAUGUGUAUGUUAUCGAUAGCGCGUUUUCCAAAAGCGGAAAUUCUAGACUUGAUAUCUAGAAUUAGCCAUUAAUGUGGCUAGAGUUCAUACGGAAGAAGAUGGCAUCAACUAAAGGCAAAGCUGGAAUAAAUAAUGAAAGCAGUUCUGGUCGGGAUAGUGGCAGGACAGACGCAGGCAGUCCCACGAUAUCCGCAGGGGCCGCAUCCCUAACGACCAACAGGACCUACACACUAGAUGAUCUGGACACCAUUGCCACUGUUGUACUCCACAUUGUUUCAGGUACAGGAACCUUUGGAAGGGUUUUUCUGGUGAAGGAUAAAAAGACAAGAGGUUUCUUUGCUCUGAAGGCAAUGAAGAUCCCAGAUGUUAUCCGUCUAAAGCAGGAGCAACACGUACAUAAUGAGAAAGAGGUUUUGACGGAGGUGAACCAUCCUUUCCUUGUCAGACUGUUCUGGACACAUCAUGAUGAUCGCUUCCUGUACAUGUUGAUGGAAUAUGUGAAUGGCGGUGAACUCUUCAGCUAUUUACGCAGCCGAGGACGUUUCAGCAACAGCACCGGAAUGUUUUAUUCAGCUGAAAUCGUGUGCGCCAUUGAAUACCUUCACUCCAAAGAAAUAGUCUACAGAGACCUGAAACCAGAGAAUAUACUGCUGGACAGCGAGGGGCAUAUUCGACUGACAGAUUUCGGGUUCGCUAAAAAGCUCUCUGAAAGGACAUGGACUUUAUGUGGUACUCCUGAAUAUUUGGCUCCUGAAGUGAUCCAGAGUAAAGGUCAUGGGCGAGCCGUGGACUGGUGGGCUCUUGGUGUGCUCAUCUUUGAAAUGCUAGCAGGGUAUCCACCAUUUUUUGAUGAUAAUCCUUUUGGCAUCUACCAGAAGAUUCUGGCCGGAAAGCUGGAGUUUCCACGGCAUCUGGAUUUCUAUGUAAAGGACCUAAUCAAGAAGUUUCUGGUAAUUGACCGUGCAAGAAGGCUUGGAAACAUGAAGAAUGGAGCUGAUGAUGUGAAAAAGCACAGAUGGUUUAAGUCAGUAGACUGGGAGUCUGUGCCCUGUAGAAAACUCAAGCCACCCAUAGUUCCGAAGGUAUCUCAUGAGGGUGACACGUCUAACUUCGACACCUAUCCAGAGGAUGAGUGGAAGAAGGACACACCAGUAGCAGCUAAGGAUCUGGAAAUUUUCAAGAACUUCUGAAAGGAAAUUCUAUUUAAUGACACAAACGACAGGACUUGGUAGAAGAUAAUGAAUUGGAUCUAAAGGUUUAACCUAGCCAUUCAGGGGACAAUAAAAGGUCAUAGUUGCAUUAAUAUAGGUAUGUCUUCCCUGCCUGUCCCUGAGUCCUGCACACUUGAGAAACAGAAAUAGACUUCUUGUGAUCACCAUUAUUGUUAUCAUAAUUAUCGUCAAACGAAUAAGGAGGAAACAGUUUAUCACUUCAGCAUCUACUAAGUAAUGAAUAACAUCAUUCAACACAGUCUGUCUCUUUAUAUUAUGCAAAAAUAUAAUUUUAAAUUAGCAAUAACAAGGUUCUGUUCAAGGUUCCUUUUGCUGGAUCUAGACUAUGUCAUUGUUUAUACCUAAACAUGCAUGGCUAUGCUUUUGUUAUGACUUCAUAUCUUGAAAAGCUUGCUGAAUCAGAGCUUUAAGUCUGACGAAUUUACUUUUCUGGUUACCUGAACUUGCUGUGUUGACCCUUUCCUCCUACAUGGUUUAUCUAUGUAAGGCCUGUUUUACACCGCACACUUGAGCAGGCCCAUCAGCAAAACAACAGCGGAACUGCAAAAUUGCGCUUCAGCGUUUCAAGUAACAAAACUGCCAGUCUAUAGACCUUAUGCGCCAGAGAAACGUGCGCGCCGCCAUCUUUAGAAUUUUGUCUUUGAACUUCCGUUUUUGCGGUAGCUCUGUAUAUUUCUAUGGCAUCGCUGUCAAAGAAUAAUUAGCUAAUGAAGUGGAUUUACUUACUGUAGAGUUAACAAAGGUUAUCAUGAGAAUUGUAAUGUUUAAAGCAGAUGUCUUAACAAAUGUCAGUAGACCAGGAAGAUUUUAAAACGAACAGUUCAUUCAUAAAUACGUAAUAUCGCUGUGGAAAUACAAACCGGAAGUCAAAAGACAACGAGCGCAGCGCUGAAAAGGGGCGGGGCUACAUAAGGUCUAUACAAAAACAAAAACAAAAAAAUGAAUAAAUAGUCACAUUUCUGGGUUACUAUUAUAAAUAUUUCCUUUAAUAAUGGCCAACAAUUGUCUUUUUCAUUUAAAAUUAUUACAAAAAUGUAUAGUCUGAAAUGUAGUUUACAUUAGGUUCCAAAUAGUCAUUAAUCUACACAGAACAGAACCCACACUGCUUAAGUCUCCUGAAUUCUGUCAUAUUUACUAAACACAGAGUGCUGCUUGUGUGCCUACAUUUCGAUCAAGGCUGACAGAUUUUUUUUUUUUUUUCUCUCAAUAGGUGAAUAGUUUGUUCCAGUAUUUUAUUUGAAUACUAUAACCUGUUCAUAUGUAUGGAAACCCAUUUCCAGAACAUAAGGGGGAAAAAAUGCUUUGGUAAAUCAUGACACCCUAAGUCAUAACUAUGAGGUGGGGAAAAAAGUCGAAAUAUGAAAAAUUCUAAAUAAUGAGAUUAAAAAUCAUAAGUGACUUUGUUAUAAUUAAAAUCAAGUCAUAUGACGUUGAAAUGGAGAUAAAAAGUCAGACUUUUUAUAAUUAUAUAUAUAUAUAUUAUAAUCUUAUAUAUAUAUAAUUUUAUAUAUAUUAUAAUCUCAAUUUCAACUUUGUCAUACGACAUUUUAUCUUAUAAUAGGUUUUAUACGACUCAUCAUUUUGACUUGUCUCAUUACUUAUGACUCAAUUUUGACUUUUUUUGUCAGUUAUGUAUAUCCAAUUAUUUAUUUUUUUUUCUUAAGUGGCAGAAAUGAGCUUCCAUAGAUAUGAAAAAAAAGUGUUCUGUGUGAACGGCCCCAAAAAUCCAAAGAGCUUUUUAACACAUUCCUGCCAGGAUGUCGUACUGAGAAUACCAGGUAAAACAGAGGUACAGUAGCACUUACCUAAUCAAACUUGACCUCACAAACCUAUAGGUAACUAAUAAAUCUGCAUUAAUGCUUGUAUUAUCAGAUGGUUGUUCAAAUACUUUGGCUGUUGUGCUUUAUGAUGUUUUAUAUGUGUUUAAUAAUUGGUUAAGUGCAUUAACACUUAAAAAAAUUACUAGUCAGGUGUUUUCUAAAGUUGCCUUGCAUUGAUAUGGGGGUGAAUUUAGCAAACACAGUUUACAUUGCUUUGUAAUGCCACUCAAUACAUGGUUGGCAUAUUGAAAGCCUUGCAUAAUGGGAAGAGAACUGAGUAUGGUGUGAAAUGCUUUUGAAAUGUAGCUACUGUGUGUAUGUUCAAAACCAUUCUUUCUGAUUCUGGACUUCCCUAGUUUUUUGUAACUGCUUUUGUUUGAAGCAGUUAUCUAUCAUUGUAAAGUGUCUACUGAAAACCAUUUAUUAAGAUAAUUUCUUGAAAUUGCUGUUCUUUUUAAAUUGCACAUGCAAUUUUGUACUAGGAACUUGCAGAUUGGACUUUACAGCUGUUACCAUCUUUGGAUUUUUCUGUUAUUAUUUGUAUGUUGUUGUACCCUGUGUGGAUGAUUUUUGCUGUAUUCUCAGUUUUUAGUGUGUUCUUUUUUACACUUGUUUGAGAAAAGAUUGUAUUUUAUAUUAUUUGCAACAGCAAAAACUAGAAUGAAGUUCUAUGAACUUAAAAAUUGACAAACCCAGCAUAGGAUUUUAUACUGGUUUUUAAUUACGUUUUGUUUUAAGUUUUUCAGUACUUUUCUUUUAUUGCCUUCUGAAUAUUUUUGGUGUAUUUGAGAUGGUACAAGUGCAAUGUUAACUUCAACCAAGCUGUUAUGGAAAUCUGCAAGUACUAUAACCAUGAAAAUAAACUGAACUUUUCAUGUGGGCAAAACUA